AAGCAGCAGAGGAAGGCGCAACAUGGCUGAACCGUCAUCUGUGAACUGGAACGUGUCCUCCAACCGGCAGGCACAUCACACCGACAAGUUCUACAGCCCAGAACUGAUCUUGCGAAGAGGCCAACCCUUCCUCGCCUCAGUGGGCUUCAAGGGAAACGUGGGCUCUGGGGAAGAUCUGACAUUCACCGUCUCCACAGGCCCCAACCCCUCCGAGUCAGCCAGGACGAAGGCCGUGUUUCCACUCGCCAAUGGGACAAGGGGCGGCUGGAGUGCUGAGCUUCAGUCCAGCCAGGGCAAUACUCUGACCAUCAGCUUCUCCAGUCCUUCCAGCGCACCCAUAGGACGGUACACACUGGGCCUUCAGAGCCCCUCCUUCUCUGUGAAUCUUGGGACAUUCAUUCUUCUCUUUAAUUCUUGGGACCAAGAUGAUAGCGUCUUUAUGAACAAUGCCGCCGAGAGAGAGGAGUACGUUCAGCAAGAUGCCGGCAUCAUCUAUGUGGGAAGCACAAAUCGCAUUGGCAUGGUUGGCUGGAACUUUGGUCAGUUUGAGCAGGACAUUCUGAGCAUUUGCCUGUCGGUCCUUGAUAGAAGUCUGAAUUUCCGCCGUGACCCUGAAACUGAUGUGGCCCGCAGAAGUGACCCCAAAUAUGUUGGCCGCGUGCUGAGCGCAAUGAUCAAUGGCAAUGAUGAAAAUGGCGUGCUUUCUGGGAACUGGAGCGGCAACUAUACGGGUGGCCUGGACCCCAGAAACUGGAACGGCAGCGUGGAGAUCCUUAAGGAGUGGAAAAGAUCCAACUUCAGACCCGUGCGCUUUGGCCAGUGCUGGGUCUUUGCUGGGACCCUCAACACAGUGCUGAGGGCUCUUGGGAUUCCCUCACGAGUGAUCACCAACUUCAACUCGGCUCAUGACACAGACCGGAACCUCAGCGUGGACGUGUACUAUGACCCCCUGGGGAACCCCUUGGACAAAGGCAGCGACAGCGUGUGGAACUUCCAUGUCUGGAAUGAAGCCUGGUUUGCCCGGACGGACGUGGGCCUCCCUUACAAUGGAUGGCAGGUGUUGGAUGCGACUCCCCAAGAGAGGAGCCAAGGAGUGUUCCAGUGUGGCCCCGCCUCUGUCAUCGCCGUCAGAGAGGGCGACGUGGACCAGGACUUCGACAUGCCCUUCGUAUUCGCGGAGGUGAACGCCGACCGCAUUACCUGGAUCUACGACGAUGACAGCAACACGCUGAAGAAGAACUCCUCCGACGCGCGCUCCGUGGGCAAGUACAUCAGCACCAAGGCCGUGGGCACCAACUCCCGCAUGGACGUCACCGAGAAGUACAAGUACCCCGAAGGUUCCAACCAGGAAAGACAAGUGUUCGAAAAGGCUCUGGGGAAACUGAAACCCAACCGCCUGUUCAACCCAACGUCUGCCGGGGACUCCGAAGGAGAAGAGCGGGAGCCCAGCAUCGCUGGGAAGUUCAAGGUCACUGGCAUUCUGGAGGUGGGCAAGGAAGUCAACCUGGCUCUGAUCCUGACAAACCUGACGAGCGAUACGAAGACGGUGACGGUGAACAUGACGGCCUGGACCAUUGUCUACAAUGGCACACUGGUGCACGAGGUGUGGAAGGACUCCAUCACCAUAUCCCUGGACCCCAAGGAAGAAACACUGUACCCUGUGAAGAUUCCCUACUCUCAGUACGAGAAGUUCCUGAAAGCUGACAACAUGAUCCGCAUCACGGCCGUGUGCAAGGUCCCAGAUGAGGGCGAGGUGUUGGUGGAGCGGGACAUCAUCCUGGACAACCCCUCCCUGACCCUGGAGGUGCUGGACCGGGCGCGGGUGCAGAAGCCCGUCAACGUGCAGAUGCUCUUCUCCAACCCCCUGGAUGAGCCCGUGAAGAACUGCGUGCUGAUGGUGGAGGGAAGCGGCCUGCUGCGAGGCAAUCUCAGGAUAGACGUUCCAACCCUGCGCCCCAAGGAGCGGUCUCGGGUCCGUUUUGAGAUCCUGCCCACCCGGAGUGGCACCAAACAGCUGCUGGCUGACUUCUCCUGCAACAAGUUUCCUGCAAUCAAGGCCAUGCUGUCUAUCGACGUGGCCGAGUGAAGGGCCAGCAGCCCCCGUACAAACUUGGGGCACACGGAGCAGGGACCUGCAGAGUGAGUCCCCUGCUCAUGCUGACCCACCUGUGAAGCCCACUCCAUCCCCCCAAGACUGCCCGGAUGCCGACCUCCCCCCAAGACUGCUCGGAUGCCCACACCACCCUACCCCCCAACCCCCAUGCCUCUUAGGGAGGGUCCACUUAGCCCAGGACUGGGUCACCUUUGCAAGCUCCUGGCUGCUUCUUCAGUGACUACCUGCUCCAUGAACCCCAACCCCGGCUCCUCCCUCACAUCCAGCCUGCUGCAAGGUAGCAUGCCCUCACCUGGGGCACUCCAAGUGGAUACAAGAGAAGACAGUCCCCGUUGUCUGCUGGUGCCCAGCCUGCAGCUGAGCUAUCCCUGCUCCUCCCUCUGAAACUCCUGGGGAUGGGAGGGCCUGGCCAGCCUUUGCCAUGGCGUUCCCAUCCUUACAUCAAAAUAAAGAGCGAGCAUUCA